GAAUCAAAGCAGCACCUGGUUUGCCAUUGUGAAGAGCGCGAAAAGGCGCACAGAAGUUCCGACCAUGUCGGGCGGAAAGCGGGCGCGACCAGCGCUCAGCGCGUGUCGCGUACUGCAGUUGCUUACUUUGUAUCUUGACGUAUUCAAGUAUACGUAACGCGGCUUGCAGCGCGCGUUCACUGAGCAUCAGGGUGGGUAACACAUGCUUGGUAAUUGCGUACUGUGUGGAUCGUUUGUUCGCAGACAGUAGUGUCAGUGACCCACAAUUGCAGCUUUUCUUUCUUAUUGGAGACUAUCACUACAGCGUGCAAUACACAAAUGCUGCCGUUUCCUAACUCACAAAUUGGAAUCAACCCAGGCGCGCAGGCCGCGUGCUUCCCGGCUAGCUACGAGUAAUAAUUCGAAUGCGGUGCUGGGAGAUACACCACUCAGCCGGCCGAGGCGGAGGAAAGCCGAUUCAGGCUCCUCCUCCUGAACGGAAUCAAGCCUGGCGACGUCAUUGGACAGAAUUCAGAAGCAAUAGCAAGGCGCUGUGUGCCAUUGUGAGGUCCAGCCCCUGGACGAUAUGUGCACCACUGCUGCUGUUCGCCGUCCUCGCUGGAGUGGGCGUCUGGGCCGUGCACUACGGCGCUGAGAAUGCGGCUGAUAACUUCAGGGAGGAGGCGGAGAGUGUGGCGCGCAAUGCGGCGGCGCAGUACCGGGGCGCCCUGAUCGAUGCCUUCCUACCCGUGGACAUACUGGCUGCCCACAUCCGCCGCGCCCCAGACUAUGCGUCCGUCUCGGGCAUGUUUAACUCGUCCGCUCCGCUCCUGUUGGAGACGGUGCCCGGCAAUGCGCUCAUGAGCCUGCAGCUGCUGCCAGCGGGCGUGCUGCGGUUGUCGUACCCGCUAAACGCGUCGGUGGCUUCACCCAUCGGCACCGACAUAUUCGCAACCCCCAUCGCUGAGCUAAGAGACAGUGUUCAGCGCAGUUUGGCGAACGGUCACAUCUCCAUUGACGGGCCCGUGGAGCCGGUGCCGGGGGUGCGUGUGCUCGUCGUAGGGCAGGCGGUGUUCGUGGACGGCGUGUCAAACCCUGGGGAGACCUUCGGGCGCCCCGACACCCCCAACCCCUCGUGCGGCGCGCUGUGCGCCUUUCAGCCGUACAGCGCUCCAAGCGAGGCACUCGACGAGGCGGCAGCGACGGCAGAGGGCAGGUUGUUCUGGGGGAUGGCGGUUGCAGUCAUCAACAUGAGCCCCUUUGCGGAUGUGGCCGCUGAGGCGGCGGCGGCGACGCCCGCGCCCAGCGACGCCACCCACAGCGCGGAAGGCAGCACAGUGUCCCUGACAAGCCUGGCGGACUACGAGCACAUUAGCGCCGCAGCGGCGGCGCUGCGGGCCCUGCCGGAGCUGGGCUACCAAUACCAGGUCACCACAGACGCCGGCAGGAUCAUGGCUGUCAGCGCGCAGCCGCCGCCUGCGCCCGGCGGUGGUGUGGCGGUGGUGGAGGUGCAGAUCAGCCUGCCUGGGGCGCAGUGGGUGCUGCGAGUGAGCCCGGCAUCUGCGGACGGCGGCAGCUGGAUGCCGGUGUGGACUGGCGGCGCCAUGGCUGCCGUGGUGGUGGCGGCCGCGAUUGCGGCCGUCAUGCUGUUCGGACUGCUCAUCUCCAGGCGGCGUCACGCCAUGCUUCUGGAGGCGCUGCUGCCACCCGACAUGCUCAGCAGCGGCCUGCGCAGCGCCCACGUGGUGGAGCACCACAUGAAGCACAGCACCGGCCCCAUUCCAGAGAGCCCCGCCGAGCUGCUGAUGGACCUGCUGGCGGAGCUGCUUGCGGGCCAGGCGCCCGACCUGCGCCAGGUGGUGGUGCUGCGCUCGCUGCUGCUGCGCAACGCCGACUGGUACCGCCCGCUGGGCAUGGGCGGCCAGCUGCUGCGCAACGCCAACCUGGAGUCUGACGUGGCGCAAGCGCUCAUGCGGCAGCUAGGCACGUGCGUUGUGGACGAUGACGGAGCCGGGGGCGGCGGCCUGGGCGGGUAUGGUGAAUACUUCAGCCUGGGCGGUGACAGCAGCAGCUUUGACAACAUGAGCGCUAUGCUGCAGCAGCUGUGGCAGCAGCAGCGGCCGGCGGCGGCUGCGCGGCGACACAGCUCCACGUAUUACACAGCCGGAACUGUCAACAACAACAUCACCAAUAAUGACAGCCAGGGCAGCAACGGCACAGCUGGCGGCGGCGAGGACGGUGACACGUGUGACAGCAGCAGCGGUUUCAUCCAUGACCUCAGCAACGUGACUCCCACCACGCGUCACAUGCUGAUGCUGCGGCGCGAGCGCGAGGCGGCGGCGGCGGGCCAGUGCCGGACGCUGCGGGGCGCGCUUUCAGUCAUCAUGGCCGCUGACCACAGUGAAAGCAGCAACAAAAGCAUCCAUGACAUGGCAACGACCGCGGGUGCAACAGGUGCAACAGCCGCAACAGCAACGGCAACCAUAACAGGAACGGCGGCAGCAACAGCCGCUGGAGGCGCAACCUACACGGACCCUGAAAGUCAGGGUGGCAGCCUCGACGACGGUGGCAGUGGCAGGACCGGCAGCAGGGGCAACAAAGGUGGCGGCAGCUGGGCCGCCGCCGCGGCGGUGGCGCUCUCCGCCGCCGCCGCCGCGAGCCCACCAUACCCAUCUAGACCGUCGUCUCCGCCGACGCUGCCGCGGCCGCCAUCCCUUGUGGCACUUCUGCACCAAUGGAGCGUGGGAGCGCCUGCCAACGGCAGCCCAAACGGCGGGCUUGCGGCGCCCCGUGGGGCAGCGGCGGCCGCCGCUCCGCUGCAGGCGGCGGCCACCGCUACUGCUGCUGCCGGUUUUCCUGGUGGUGUGGAGGCUCCUCGACCUGCAGGCGGCUCCGGCCGCCGUAGCAGUAUGCCGUACAACACGAGCACGGCGGGUUCCCCAUUCGCCGCAGGCCUGCUGGCCUCCUUUGUCCGGCGGCGCUCCAGCGCUGUGAGCAGCUACAACCAUAUUCUGCAGCUACAGCUACAGCCCCCCGCACCCGCGGCUGCUACAGCCGUAGCACCGGCGGCUGCUGCUGCGGGAGGAGGUUCGCCGCGACCCAGUGCCGCCGCCUCGUUGGCCUCAGCGGCAGCCGGCAGCGUCGCUGGCGUGCUGCCCGCGACUGAGCCGCAGUCGCCUGUGCAAGGGGGCGGCAGCAGCCAGGUGCCAGCAGUGCCCCCAGUACUGACAACGCCCGCAGCGACGGCGGAUUCAGGGCCCGGCGGCAGUGCUGCCGCUGCGGCCACUGCCGCUGCUUCUGCCUCUCCUGCCAGCGUCAACGAGCAGCGCACCAGCCUGUCUCGAGUUGGUUGGAGCCUGCGGCGCAGCCGACACAGCAACGGUCCCGCAAGCGCACCUUCUCUGGCCGCGGCACUGCUGGUGCAAACGCCGCAGCAGGCCGCGGCCACCUUGCUGGAGGAGGGCGCUGACACGUUCUGCGCCUUCCUGCCGCCGCCGCCCCCGCCACGGUCUGUAGCCGCGGGGGGCGGCACCCCGCGUGGCAGCGGCGGCGGAGCGGGGGCCGGUGCGGGCGGCGACGGCAACGGCAGCGGCAGUCUGCGGGCCUCCAUUGAUGGGCUGAGGCGCCAGCCGCACCAGGCGGCGGCGGGGCCCGCGCCAGCAGUACUUCAGGCAAUGCCCUCAGACGCUGCGACGGAGGCCGCCGCCGCCGCAGCCGACUUUAGGGAGGUGACGUCGCCAUUCGGCACCCGGCACGGCCAUCUCCUCCGUGCGGGCGAGGAGACUGCUGUGGUGGACGUUGCGAGGCUGCUCGUGUCUGCUGGCAGCGGCAAGGACGGUAGCAGCCGGCGCCGGGCCUCCGCCGCGGCUGCCGCGCCCGCCCGCUACCGCACUAACACUGCGUUGAGCAAUUCGUACGGCAGUUAUAACGUACUGACCGGCGGUGGCGGCAGGUUGCUGAUGGCGGGCGGAGGUGUGGAGAUGACGGCGACUGCCAGCGGGGCCCACGUGCGCGUGCGGGAGGAGCUGGUGCGGCCCGCGACGCCGGUGCUGGUGCCGACUGCUGCGGCCGCGGCGGAGGCCUUAGCGCUGCGGGCACCCAUGCUCGACAAGGUGGAGUCGCUGUUGGCCCGGGCGGACGACCUGCAGUACGACAUGUGGGCACUGGCGGGCGCCACCGCCGGCCGGCCGCUCAGCGCCCUGGCCUUCUUCCUGUUCCAGCGCCAGGGGCUACUCAAACACUUCCGCAUCAAGCCGCUCAAGAUCAUCCGGCUGCUCCGGGCCAUCGAGGCCGGCUACAGCUCCGAAAACCCCUACCACAACGCCACACACGCCGCCGACGUGCUGCGUACGACACACGUGCUGGCGCACGCGGCCGGCGUCACCGUACAUCACGUGGACACACUCGGCCUCAUGGCGCUGUACUUCUCGGCGAUCAUCCACGACUUCGGGCACCCCGGCCUGACCGGCGACUUCCUGGUCGCCACCUCGCACCCGCUGGCGCUGCGCUACAAUGACCGCUCGCCGCUGGAGAACCACCACGCCUCCGCCGCCUUCACGCUCAUGGCGGAGCGGCCCGAGCUGGACGCGUUCGAGGGCCUCAGCCGGGAGCAGCGCAUCGCUUUCCGUAAGCAGGUGGUGGAGCUGGUAAUGGGCACGGACAUGAAACAGCACUUCGCGUUGCUGUCGCAGUUCACAAACGCCGUCAGCGCGCAGCGCCUCAAGCAGCAUCAACACCAGAACCAGCAGCAGGCGGCCGCUGCAACAGCGUCGCCGCCGGCUGACGGCGCGGCGGGUGGCGGCGGCGGCGGCGGUGGUUUUGCGCGUGCAGGCGGUGCUGCUGGUGCUGGCGGCGGCCGCAAGAAGGGCCGGACUCUGUCUGGUAUCAUGUCAAAGAGUACGGAUGGCGACCGGACCAAGUCAGGGCCCCCGUCCAUGUUUAACGCCAACAAGCCAAGUGUGCAGCGGGCGUCCGACUCCCCCGCUGGUGAAUCGUUUGAGAGCGCCGAGGGCCGCACCCGUGGCCCCGGUGCCUUUGGUGCCAUGUCUGUCGGACCAACUGCCUCCGUGCUGCAGCAGGCGCCGCCAUCUCCCUCAUCGCCACGCGCGGCGGCUCAGCACCAGCAGACGUCGCGCUUCGCGCGCAAGUCGCUUCCCGCCAGCCGGCCGACGGCGGCUGCGCAGGCCGCGGCGGUGCCGGCGCCGCCGCCGCUGCCGCCCGCGGACGAGUCCCAGCGGCUGCUGGCUCUGCAGAUCUGCCUCAAGGUGGCGGACAUUGGGCACCUGGCGGGAACACUGCCCGUGCACAAGCGGUGGCUGGGUGUGUUAGAGGAGGAGUUCUUCCGGCAGGGCGACAAGGAGAGGGAGGCAGGGCUUCCCAUCAGUCCGCUCUUCGACCGCGCCAAGCAAGGCGUGUCCAAGAGCCAGGUGGGAUUCUUCGAAUUCGUGGCGUUGCCACUGGUGCGUGCGCUCACCUCGGCGUUCCCUGGGGCCACGCCUUUGAUCAGCUGCUUUGAGUUCAACUACCAGUACUGGCGUGAGCAGCAGCAGAAGCAGCAGCAGCAGCAACAACAACAACAACAGCAGCAGCAGCAGCAGCCGCAGCAGCAGCCACAGGACAAGGUGUAGCGGGAGAUUGUGGGUGGGGCAUUGGGCUCUUGCACCCAGGACCGCAGCUGCGGCGUGUGGGGGCGGCCGUGCGCUGUAGACCUGUGGCAUCAGUGUACUGUGGCUGUGUGGCAUUUGUGCGUGGUGGCGUUUGUGGGAUGCCACUCAGCACUACUGGUGGGAUCUUCUGCAGAGGAGCGGAAGCAGCUGCGAGAUUGCAUCGCGGAAUCGUCAUGUCAAUGCACGCACGGCGAGAAAGGCAAUGCGUGCAAGGUGCAGCAAGCAUUGCUCGGCACUUCCCCGCGCAUUUGCUAUACGUGGGUUUCCUGUCAUUCUUUGUUACGAGGUAGGGGGGCUGUUUCAUAGUUAUCAUUGACCGGGUCGCCGGCCGUAAUUGCGUUGCCAUGCUCCAUGCCAUUGUACGCGUUGCGUGGUGGGCGCCGUACGCAUCGCCAUACCGCAGAAACGCACCUGCUUGCAUGUCCUUCAUCAUUACCAUGAUAAGAAAAGAUACACAUCGACUAGAAUUGAUGAAGUCCACAGAGAUUGCACGGCGGUUUGCAGCAAGACGCGGAAAGCGAGGGUGUUAACAUGUUGUGUGGCGGUGCCCCGCCAGUGAGGUAGCGGCGUGCCGAUUGCCCGCUUGAUUCCAACUGGAACGUGUAUGGGGGUAAGGAUCCCUUGUCUUGUGUUGCCCCGGGCUUCAGCACUCUAGGUACUCAGUGCUCAUGCGUCGCCGUUCUGGCGCGUGCUUGGCUGACUCCUUAUUUGUUAGGCAACCCUGCAUUUGUAUGCAUUGCGGAAUGAAAGCUUGCGUAUGUGUGUCGAUCAAAUGCCAAGCGAGGACGGAUAGAUCUCCUAAUGACUAUGUACGAGAUGGUGCGCUUUCAAGCAGUAGGGUAUAUUGCAGCAGGUCGGUUGAGGUGGCAGAGGAGCACCACUAAGUUGCAAACGUGCUUCACUUUCUGGCAGACAAGUUGCUCGAGUGCUGAUGCCGUUUCCACGCAAAUGGAUAGGAUUGGACGCCCGGCUUGCUCCUGAUUAGGUGUUUAGUGUGCGCUGUGUGCACCUCCACGUCCCUGUGAUGUCUAAUCUUGAGCGUGCGUGACUGCACGAGCGGGGUGGAUAACACCAAGGAUAACACGGUAA